AUGCGACUGCAACACUGUUGUUACGUCCAAUCAGUUGGAAAAGUUCCAAAUUAUAAAACUAAGCCAUCGUCAACAAAUUUUCAAUCAGAAAAUGUUGAAAACUAUCUUGAAUCAGCUAUGCUUUAUCAAAAUGCAUCUCAGCUUCUUCAGAAACGUGAAGAAUAUGCUGUCGUUGAAGACGACUUUGGCCCAAUGUUGAGUCAAAUGUUGAUUCGCGGAAAGAAACCAUCGUUUUCAAAUCUAGUAGAAGCAUGCAGCAAGUAUGAUAAAGAAGAUUAUAUCAGUAUACAUCUCAUGACAACUGAAAAAUCUAAAAAAAAUUUUUUGCAAAAACGUAUUAACGAAGAUGAUGCUAAAGCAUACGCAUUUGCUAUUGCAUUUUACACAGGAGCAUAUAGUGAAAUGCUCAAUGUAAAUGCAAAUAUUUUUGCUCGUCGUUGGCAGCGAAACAAAGCAACAAAUGCAGAAAAUGUACAAGUCGAUGAUAAUGCUGCUAUGAUCAUGUAUUAUCUCAUAAAAGGUCUUUCAUAUAUUAAUUUUUAUUGGGGUCGAGUUGUACGCUAUGUUAAGUUGAGUGAGAAAGACCUUAAGGAUUAUCAACCCGGUGAAAUUGUUACAUGGCUUCAAUUUAGUAGUUCUGAUAAAGGUGAUGAUCAAAAUCCUAAACAUCUUCAAUAUUUUAAAGAACGCAAUACCAAAUUCAUCAUUCAUUCACUGACUGGUCGAAGUAUACGAGAUUAUUCUAAUUGUUCUCAAGAUGAAGAUGAAGUUCUAUUUUUGCCUCAUUCCACAUUUCUUAUAUGUCACACCGAAAUUAAAGAUAGAAAAACCAUUAUUUACAUGAGACAGCUUGAACUUGGUCUUUGCAAAUAUGUCAUCCUAUGGGUUGAUGAUCAUAUAUUUCAUGAAUGGUGGGAAAAUAAAGAACAUAUGGAAAAAGCAAGUACUCUUGGUACUCAAGUCAAUGUUCAUUUCAUUCCAAAGUCUACAACUGAAGGUGCAUUGGCUUUCCUUCAAUCUGAAUUUGGCAAACGAUUAAAGACUAGCAAUACAUUUCGUAUUGUUACUGAUAUGAAUCGAGAUAAUGAGAGUUCACCAAACGAUGCUGGUGUCCGUCUACUUCUUAAACUACGAAAGCUCGGAUUCAAUCAGAAAUGUCUUAUAUUUACUGGUGACGCAUCGGAAGGACGCAGGAAAUUAAACAAAAAUUUUCAAGGAUACCAAUCCAAUGAUAUCGAAAUAACUGAAAAUCCAGCAGAUCUCGAACGAUUCGUUCUUUUCAAAUGA